UGCGCGGCCCAGGAGCCGCCGGGACCAUGGUCAAGAAGAGACGAGAGGGGCUGCGCGUGGCCCGGGAGGGAUUGCCAGCACCAGCUGAGGACAUUUGGAGUCAUUGGUCUGGGGCUUUGGCACAAAGGCUGUCUGGGAUUGAGAUUUUCACUGACUUGUGAGGGUGGCUGAUGCCCAUUUGCUGUGGUUUGUCCCAUGUCCUUCAUGCAUUCUGCUUGGGCUAGAGGCUAUGAGAAAAAAAACCCAGUAAGAACAGCAGGCAAGCCUGUGGCUUGUUUGAUUUGGGAGAUCGAUGGCCUGGAGGAGAAGCUGGCCUUGUGCAGACAGAACAUGGAGGAGGUGGACUUUAAACUGCGCAGAGAGGAGCUGAGUCCUGAAAAAAGGAAGUCACUGGAGAGGGAGAAAACUUUGCUAAUGACCAAAGCUGAAAGCUAUGAGAAAGAACUGAGAAUUCUGCGUAAGGAAAACCGCAAGAAUGCAGCCCUUACCAUGGCCCUGAUGCUGCUCAUCACUGUUAUUUAUGUCUGCUGGACCAUGUGAUUGUGUUGAAGAACCUGCAGCACUGGGUGCUGCAAAUAUCUCUCCCUCCUCUCACCAAAGUGCCUUCCUGCAAGUAUAAUCAGGUGUUCCAACUGCUGUGCCUCUAUUGUCAUCUGCAGGCUCCCUGGCCUGGGCAUCCUUGUGCCCAACAGCAGAGGGUCGGAGAGGAGAGGAGAGGAGACGCGGUCACCAACAGCCAAAGCAGAUCAGCCAUCUCAUCCAGUAUAAAGUGACCAGGGGGAGGAAAGGCCUAUUUUCCCCUUUCGGGGGCAGGGCCCUCCCUCCCUGCACCUUGGCUGCUUUUUGAAAGGUCCUAGAGCCUGAAAUCCUCUCUGCUCAGCCUGCCAAGAACUGGAGAGAGCUUCCCUACUACUGUACCUCUGCCACAAGGGACCAAUCACUGAAACUUAGACCCUAGUCCCUUUGCCAAGGUUGCCAGAAGCCCCAAGCAUGUUUAGUAAUUUUAAAGCAUGUUCCUACCAACACUAAUGGGGCCAGGAGUCAGUCUGACAAAGGCAGUUCUGUGGACUAGGCUGACUCUCUGCAGCUCAAAUAAAUUAAUUAAGAGUAAGAGAUAUAAACAGUUGCUGAUCCCUGAACCUCAGGACUUUUUUGAGGGGGGGAAAGAGGGAGGGUUUGAGAGGUCUGUACCUAUGCACAUCCCAGAGACAAGUCUCUGACACUGCACAUGAUGGUUUAAAGUCAAGGGCCUGCUGAGCUCACAGGAAUGCAAACUGCUGUGUAAUAUUUUAAAAUAAACUUUGAAGUAAAGUUUAAAUUAUGCUUUGUGUGACCACAUGAA